AUGGCCAUCACUCGUGCCAUAGAGGCUAUCCAGCAACUUUUCAGGGCAACCCGCCCCAACGACGCCAUCUCCCCAUAUGAGACUUCUGGCGACGAGGUUUCCGCUGUGCCGACUGAUGGAUGGUUUUUCAAGGAGGCAACAUAUUCCCGCGACCGGAUCAAUGAAUGGCGCAAGAAAGUUAAGCCAGUUCUCAUUGGCGUGAUUCACGAGGAAGAUGAGCCUGACGAGGAUGUUUCUGCGAUAUUGUAA